AUCCGAUCCCUUCAGAUAGUGACACAGAAACAAUUGACGCUGACGAUGUCGAGCCAGAAACUGCUGCAGUAGAGAUGGAGGUUUUAGAAGCUCCAGCGCUACUAACAGUGGGGAAGAAAGUGGGGAAGUUGCAAUGCUACUGGUCGCAGAAGGAAAAGUGUCGGUACCCCGUGGUAGUGCUGGAAGUCUCGAUUGCUUCCAUCACAGCCUUUCGUGUACCGUAUUUCUCUGACUCAAGUACUCCGGAUAUGGAUGGUUCUAAAGACGAUCUGGUAUUUGAUUAUGCUAGUGUAGAAGAGGAGUUAGCAACAGAGUUGGAGGAGGAGAAAGAAAAUGUGAUUGAUAUAACUAGUAAUAUUGAUGGAGACGUUUAUGAGGAUGAUAUAUUAUAUGAGAAUAUAUGGUAG